AUGUCGCAGCCACCAGCGACGAAGCGUGCGGCCACUGAGGAGCAGAUGGAAGCUCUGGUCGAGCGAACUAAGGAGGCUGAAGAGAAGCUCAUCGCUGAGAAAAAGGCACUUCGAGCAAUCGAGAAACCGAGGCAAGUCGAUACCUUCUAG